CACGUACCUUUCUCAAUUUUCCCUCGCGUUUGCAUCUACCGUCACAAACUUGGUCGUCCAAUCAAGCUUACUUCGUGGUGGCCUUACGACCAAAGAAUCAUGGCCAAUUUUGGGGAGCUUGUCCUUGUGUUGGGUGAUGUGCACAUUCCUGAGCGUGCUUCCAAAAUCCCAGCGCCGUUGAAGCGCAUGUUGGUCCCCAAUAAGAUGCAACACGUCAUUUGCACGGGAAAUAUUUCAACGGAAAUGUACGAGGAACUCCGAACCUUGGCACCUAAUGUGCACAUUGUCGCUGGGGAUUUCGAUACGACAGAAAUGGUGUUCCCGGAAACUCGUGUCGUUCAGGUAGGGGCAUUUCGUAUUGGCGUAGUUCAUGGACAUCAGGUCCUGCCGUGGAAAAAUCAAGAUGCUGCCGCACGGAUGCGUCGAAAAUUGAACGUAGACAUUCUCAUUUCGGGACACACACAUCAGAACGAGGUUACUUUACUGGACGAAUCCUACUAUCACAUCAAUCCGGGAUCCAUAACAGGAGCCUUUUCGUCUUUGACCGAGCAGGUAACACCCUCAUUUAUUUUGCUAGCCGUACAGGACAAGAAAGUAGUUUGCUACGUGUACGAGUUGGUCAAUGGAGAAGUGGAAGUGUCCAAGACAGAUAUUUCCAAGAGCGAGGCAUCGCAGUCUUCGUCGGCUAACAGCUCCCUUAUGGCUUCGCUCUUGACAUAGAACUUGAUCUGUUGGGUCCAAGUGCGGCGAUGCUGCAAAGUUUUAAGUGACCCUUGUUUUACCCUUGUGCUGUCGUCGCAAUGCUAGAACGCCACAUUGAAGCCCGAUACGACCAUCAUGCAUUCUCCGUAGCACCACUCCGUUCUCGAGACCCACGAAACGAAACAACGGAAAACGUUUCGAGCAAUAUUUUUAAUUCUAUACCAUUAUACC